UAAGUGCUUCAGAUAUCUCUCACCAUGUGCUUCUUCUUAUGGAAAAAAAUUGACAUCAUUGGUAGCAGUGAACAUGUGAUCAGUUUUGUCUUUGUUGCCCAAUCAGCACAAGUCUUAUCUCUGAAGAGUGGAGAAUGUAACGGGGUCUGUGUCAUUCAACACGACAAUUUCAACAUGAUGACAUCUCCAAAGUUUUUUUUCUGUCUGACUUGUUUGUUCUUAGGAAAACUGGCUCUGAUGAGCAAUUUCAUCCAGUCCACAACUGUUCGUCAAGACACUGCAUUUAUAUCAGCUAAUGUUGGAGACAACUUGACUUUGAGAUGUUUCUAUGACAGUGAUGCUGCAAAGUAUUACUGGUAUAAACAAACACUCGGACAGAAGCUACAACCUAUCUCUAAUACCUAUAAGUUUGAUAAAAGUGGCAAUUUUCAUGAUGAAUUCAAGGACAAUCCACGCUUCACACUGGAAACCAAUGCUGGUAUGAAUCACCUAAAAAUCUCAGAUGUACAACCUUCAGACUCAGCCACUUACUACUGUGCAAGAGGUUAUUCAUUUAUGUUUGAAUUUGCGGAAGGAACUAUUGUCAGUGUAAAGGAAUCAGGCUUGAACAUUCACGGCUUUGUCCAUCAGUCAGAAUCUGAGACCAUCCAGCCAGGAGGCUCUGUGACUCUCAACUGUACAGUACACACUGAGACCUGUGAUGGAGAACACAGUGUUUACUGGUUCAAAAGCUCUGAAGAAUCUCAUCCAGGACUCAUUUACACCCAUGGAGACAGGAAUGAUCAGUGUGAGAGGAAACCCAACACACAAACACACACCUGUAUCUACAACUUGUCGCUAAAAAAUCUGAAUCUUUCUCAUGCUGGGACCUACUACUGUGCUGUUGCCUCAUGUGGACACAUACUGUUUGGAAACGGGACCAAAGUGGACAUUGAGGAUGAGGUGGACUCUCUCAUCUUGGUGUAUUUCCUGAGUGGAGGUGUGACAUUCACCACAAUCCUGAGUGUUUUACUAGCUUUCUCAAUAUACAAGAUAAACAAGAGAAACAACUGCAAAUGCUCAGAGUCUCAUGCAAGAUCAUCAUCUCCCUCCACAACAGCUGCAGAUGGUUCCCAAGACGCAGACCACCUACAUUAUGCUGCUUUAAGUGUUAACCUGCCCAACAGAUCAAGAAGACAGAGAAACAACACCAAUAAUGACUGUGUGUACUCCAGUGUUAAGCAGUAGAGCUGUUUUUGUCUUUGAUAUUAAUAUGAGAUUCCUCAAUUUCUCUUGGGUCGAGCACCAUGUAUUUAUAUGCAGAUUUUGUGUGAUUAAUUUUAAAACAAACCAUGUGAUGUAACUGACAUACUUUGAUGUAAAGAGAAUAUAUGUAUUAGACAACAUGCAUGUGUAAGCUAACAGUGAAAUUGUUGAUUUGAACUGUGAUAUGGAACACAGUACAUGAGAGAUUUGGUCAUACCAAAUUGGGAAGAAAAUUGAGGAAUCGCCGAUAAGUAAUAAAUAAAUACAUCUACACCUCA